UUAGGGCUUCGUCGCCAUGGCCUCAUCGUGCUCGCCGCCAUUGAUCUCCACCCGAUCUCCCAGAGGAAUGUUGGUUCCCAAGCGUAAUUCAUGGCUUCGUGGAUGUCCCCUUGCCUUUCGAGGUCACGAUCUUUGCGGAUUAAAGGGCUAUCGAUUGGGUUUGUCUUGGAUGAUACGGUUCUCUGGUGAUUCGUUCUCGGAGAAUGAGAAGUUCGUUUCUUGGUUCCGGCAGGCUUGGCCGUACAUUAGAGGCCAUCGGGGAAGUAUUUUCGUGGUGGUGAUAUCUGGGGAGAUCGUGGAUAGCCCUCAUUUGGAUAGCAUUCUUCAGGUGCUGAAUGUUCUUUGCGGUGUCAUUGUUGAACUCCUCAGAGACCUCAUUGUGACAGGCCUCCUUCAAGCAUCAGUGCAGGAUGGCCUAUUGCGUGUUAUAUUAGAUGGAGGUCUUUCACGGGUCUUCACCCCUAAUGAUGCCAAACUACUAGAAGAAGAUCUUGAAAUAUUAAAGCAUGCUGCUGACGAGUGAAUUCGUUUGGAAGAACUCCGUCGAAAGGUUAUAUCUGGUGAAGGAAACAAUGUCAGUUAUUUGGGUGAGGAGCAAGAUUUGAUUCUUUCUGAGAUAGUGUUCUGGAUAUUACAUAACUAUGCUGAUCAGAUACAAAAAUGGGGCUGGAUUUGCAACAUCCACACUGAGUGUUCAGAUUCAUCUGGAAAGAGGACGAAAAAGUGGUGCAUCAUAUUUUCAUUCUAAUUCUAUGUGAAAUACUGCUUCUCCGACUCCAUCUUCUAUUCUAUCUACUGGGAAAGCACAUCUAAAUCCCCGGCGAACUACAAGCUCAGGAUCUCAUUCUUCAACUACUCAUGGGCGUACAGGUUCUCGAGGCUCCUCGCAACAGGUUGAUACACGAGCCUUAGGCUGUCGAUGAUAUUGCAACAAAAUGAAUGUGGUGUUUUGGAUUAUUACAUUAGAUAC